AUGAACGACGACUGGCGAUAUUGGUCCUUGGCAGCAGCAGUAGAUAAUGCUCCAGGAUGUCUUGGGGCUCGCUUACCGCAGUUGCCGGAUCAAAUGGUCAAACCGAUCACUCUGUGGUGUCCCACGUGGAAUUCCUGUGUUUCUGUAGAUGUUAAGUGUCGUACCGGAUACAGAGAACACGUGGAUUGCCCGCUCCUUUCGCCGCAGAAAUGCAUCUCGACACUUCCUGGAAACGUUCAACUACUCAAGAGGUUCGCCAUUAGAACGGACAUGGGUGAGCGAACAGACGGCUAUAUCGCUAUUGAUUACAGUAAUCAAGCUAUAAUUGCAUCAUUUUCAAGCGUUGCAUCAGGGAAUAGACUGUUCUACACACAUUUCAAUGCGGAGUUUUUCACAAACAGACAAGCUCAAUUCGAAGGAUCAGAUGGACUUGUGAACAGAUUCCUAUACGAGAGUUGGUUCAAACUCUGGUAUGUCCUAGGAAUGGAACGAACGCUUCAAACAGUCGUGGAAAACAACAGUGGUUUCGAAAUAUGGUUUAUCGGACAUUCACUUGGUGGAGCGAAAGCAGAAAUGUCGGUUGUGUCUGUCCUUCUGAAGAAGUUGGUUCCUCAAAACAAAGUUCGAUUGUUAACAUUCGGAUCAACGCGUGUUGGAGAUAUGUCAUUUGUGGACCUGAUCGAAGCACUGGUAAGAAGAAAAUCUAUCUGA